UACGAUAAGAACAAAGUAUUUUACAUGAGGCAAGUCAAUCACAUGUAUCGUUCAUGACAUAAAAAUAUUAGAGUAUUUAAUUUAUACAUGAACUUGGAAAUUAGUUUAAGAGCUCAACUAUUUAAAAUAAAUGAGUUGAGCUCGAGUCAAACCGGUGAUCUUCAUGAUGAGAUAGAAUUUUAAUAAAUGAGUCGAUUCAAAUACGACUCGACUUUGCUCUUUGAUAAACGAGCUAAGUUGAGCUCGAGUUCGAAUUCCUUAGGAACGAAUCUAAUCUGCCGAUUCAACUCAACUCAUUGAAAGCACAAGAGAACGUAUAUAACGAUCAAAUCGUUCCUCGACGGCAUUGCUUCAUGAUCCAUAAUCAUGGACUCGCGAAGCCCAUGCACCAUGCAUAUUAGGCUUUGAACACACAUUGAUUUAAGUAUAUGGGCUCAAAUCACGUUUGUCUGACUUAGUUGGGCCUCAACCUAAGGUAACUUCAUUUACUAAUUCCAUUAAAUUGAAUACAUAAUUUCCAUUAACCAAGCCCAAAAGGCUCGACCCUUUGCUCGCUCAUCCCUCAUUGUCGGAACCUCGUCGGUGACCGUCUCUUCACCCUCGCCGUCGCCCACUUUCUUCUCCACCGGAUGUCGCAGUUCUGGAAGCCCGGAGGCGAGCGGCCGCAACUUCUUGAUGACGGAGAGGGAGGCGUACUGUUUUUCUCUCCCUCAGCCUCGUCCUCUUCUUCCUCCUCAGGUUUGAGAGCAAGGGUUGUAGUACCGAUGAUGAUGCUGCAGAGAAGAAAGUUGUGACCGGCUGGAUCAAGUGGUCCAACCCACAUUUUACGGUUCGAUCCGUGUUUGUGGUGACUUUGUAUUCAAUAGUGUUGGAUCAAGAAGUGGAAGAAGACUGAGGAAUCCGUAUCAUAUGCGGAGUUGUUGUUUGUUUAUUGGUUGUGUUAGUUUGCAUUUAAGUCCAACGGGUAGUUUGGUUGAGAGCUUUCAGCUAAUGUAGUGAUAAGUAAUUAGCAGAUUGUGGUGGGUUGAAAUUAGUGUGUGGAAUUAAAGUUGUUGAUAUAGUAACAUGGAUUUGUGACGAAGAUCAACCUAAUUAUGGUGUUCGUGUUGAUCUAUCAAUAAAGUUGUCAGAUUGUAAUGACUUUGAGCUUUCAUAUAGAACAUCUAUCUAUCUGUUUUUCUUAGAAUAAAAAUAAAAAGCAAGAAAGUUUGUCUGCAUGUAACAAAAUCUCGUAACAAUAGGCAAGAAACUUGUGAUAACGAUUCAGUGGUAUAACAAGCAUAUAAUAUUAUCAGUAUUUAUCUCGGAAGUUCCCACCGAACAAGUUACAAACUGUAAUAUACACAAACAUAUGACGAUAAUAAAUUCCUUGUUUUCCUUAAAAAAAAUGAAUAGCAAGAAAGUAAGCCUGCGUGUAACAAAAUAUUGUAACUAGUAGGAAAAAGUCUCGGUAACGCGAUCGGAUGAUAACAAACAUAUAGUAUUACCUUGAAAGUGCUUACUGAAACUAUUAAUAUUAAUUAAAAGACCAAUAAUUACGGACGGUAAAAUACUCAUACGGUUACCGUAAAAAUUUCUUGUAAAACAUCCUUAAUGCGAAUGGAGAGCAAUAAAGUAAGUCUACAUGUAACAAAAUCUUCUAACAAGUAGGCGAGAAAGUUGCGCGGUAGUGCGACCGAGCGAUAAUAAAUGUAUUGUAUUAUCUUAAAAAGUCCUCACUCAAGUCAGAGGCGCCAAAAGUUACAGACUGUAAUACGAACAAUACGGUUUACGCGAUGAAAAAAAUUCUAUUGUAAGAACUUCGUCCUUAUCCCUCCCAUACUACUCGUUAACUAAUCUCUUUAUAUAUUUGAGUUUUGAUCAACAUCAUACACACUUGAUUUUUUUUUUUUUAAGGGUGAACAAUUAUCAACCAUGAGAAGCUCAUCAUUCGCAUUCGCCUUAGUUCUCCUACUCAUUUGUCUCAUCCACGGUGAUUAAUUUAAUUACUGUCUGCCAUCUUUUUCUUUGUUUAAUGUUAAUUACGUACUUAGCAUUUGAUGAUUUGAUGCUCUUUGUUGAAUUCGUAACCACAGGGAACGGGCAGGUCGUGGCAGAAAGUUAUACGAAGCUCUGCCAUUUUACUUAUGUCAAAGAGACCAGCCUGAACGAGUGCACUCGCCGAUCAUGCAACGACGCAUGCCAAGAGAGAUUUGGGCAAUUUGUUCUUGGGUGGUGUGAUUGGAUGGUCAUUUGCUUCUGCUACAAGCCUUGUGGCUGAUAAUUGAUAUUCGUUAAAUUGAUCAUAUGUACCUGGUUAGAAUAAUGUUCAUAAAGAGGAUCUUGCUUUCUAGUCGAUCAUGAGUUAAGUAAAAAGUAUGAGUUAAUUGGGGUUUACAGCAAUGUCUCCUGUUCCAGUAUAUAGCUAGUAUUCUACAUUUCAAAGUAUUGUCACAUUUGUAUGCUGAUGGUAAGUAUAGUUAGGUAUGGCUGGUGCGAGCGGCGUGGCACGCAUGGUACGUCGAUACUCAUAUUUGCUCUGUGCUGAGUGCGGGUAAGAUCAAGUAAUACAAGUGCGGGUACGGGCAGGGUGGGACCGUACAUUAUCAUCGAGAAACAUAAACGUAACAAAAAAAAAAAAUUAUGAUGAAACAAAUGAGGGUAUUUUAUGAAUGAAGAAGAGUUAUAACAUAAUGAAUAAUUGAGCGUAGAUAAUUGAAAGGUCAAGUCGCGCACCUAUUAAAAGUUUCAUUUGGUGAAACUAGUACUAGAAUAGAAGAAAUAGAAAUACAUAUUAAAGAAUUUGAGAUAGGACAUGUCCAGAGAGACUACGAGAUGAAACAGGUCGAAAGUAGCAAUCCAUGUCCGCCCAUGAUACUUCGGGCCGGGUAAUACCAACAUAGUGGGUUCCAACAGUCAUCCCUGAUGUAUAGUAUAUUGAUGAAUCAAAUAUUUAGGAAUUAAUAAAAUAAGUAUUAUAGUAUUUUUUAUAUACAUGAAAGUAUUUUUUAUAUACAUUAAAGUAUCAUAGUAGUUGAAGGGUAUAUGUAUAAUGAAUUAAUUAAUGCGUCGAAAGGCCAGUAAAAUAAUUUUUUUGGACAAGGGUGUUAGUACUUUAUUAUCAACCCCCUAAUAAAGUUAACUUCAUAAUUAUAUUAUAUUAUUUACGAUUUGUUCACCUCCCCCACAGACCAAACUGGUUUCUGCAACAACGAGCCCUCAUCUUCCAUCAGUAUGGGCCUGUGUAGCAAUUAGCCCAAUUAUCAUUGUUGGCCCAUCCUCCAACCUUUUACUAUUCAGCCCAUCACUUCCGUUCUCUCCUCACCGUUAGCGAACGACCGACUUUCCUAAUUUAGAGGACUGCAAGGAACUUCCACAACCAACUUCCCGCGCUUCCCUUCCCUUUCUUCAUUAGAAACAGUAAUGUAAAUUCCCUCUGUCAGCCUUCUUCUUCUUCCCUGUCCGCCAUUAUUCCCUUCCCCAAAAUCCACCUUCCUUCCUUUCCUUAAUUCCAUUCCUAUAUCCCGCCAAGCUAAACUCCAGCACUUGCCAUUAACAUUCAUUCAUACUAUAGAUUCUUUCGGAGCAACUAAUUGUGGUAGCAAAAAUCUUCCACAUCCAGCAAUUCAUUUACUGCACUAAAGAAUAUAAGCAAGCCCAGGAAUUUAAGGAACGAAAGACUAGAUAAGGUAAAAAGAAGGGACGACUCUGUUUUUAUAAGCAAAGCCACAAUUCAGUCACUUACUGCCUGAUCAUCUCGUUACAAAAAAGGACUCUGUUUUUUUUUUCUUCCUUUGUUCCGAUCUGAAGUUCUAAGCAAAAGCACAAUGUCUUUGUCUUUUCGAUACUUGAUCAACCCGAACUACCCAUCCGUUUCUACGGAAGACCCAGCUCCGGAUUUCUCGAUCUCGAUGAAGUCGAGGAUUCGUAACUGUUUGAAGAAGGUGAAGCAGCUCGUUUCGACCCGUUCGAGUUUCGUCUCGUCUCUGUUCGGACGCGGGAAAGGAAGGGAAUUUGUAUCUCCCGCCGUUGAGACCAGCGAGUCCUCAAAGGGGCAGGCUUCGCCGGAAUCCGUUGAAUUGGAGACGCAGCGUUUCAGCUUUGAUUUUGUUCCAGCUGGCGAGGCCGAGGAGUUUUCGUCACCGUCGGGAUGCGACGUCGUUGGAAGUGAUGCGUCCGAUUAUAUUCCCGCUUCUGGGUCAAGUUCGGCCGCCGACGUCGAUUCCGCCACGUUGUCGCUGCCGUUGGCGAGUCUUUUCUUCUUUGACGACAUGAACUCGCCGUCUGACGUGGAGAGUCCCCGAGGAGGCGGGAUGGAAAAGACGGUUCGUUUCACGGUCAGCACUCCAAAAUGGACCGGAGAAUCCGCGAAGCUUGGGCCCGAGUUCCCUCCCUCGAGGAAGAGACACGUCGUCGUCGAUGAACAAGAUUGCAAGGUGGAGCAGCGAGUCUGGGAAAGCGGCGCCCGCAUAGAGGAGGAAACAGAGUUCUUCAGGUACUAUCUUAACAAGGUUUACAAGGAGCCAGAGGCUAUGAUGGCGGCGUUCCCUGAUGGCCGUCUUGCUGAAUGGAACAGGAUUCUCGCUAGUUCGAAGAAGACUGACGAGAUGCAACCGAGAAGAGGAAGGGAUUGCAGAUAUGGCGGUGGACGAAGAACCUAUGCUUUCUGUUUUAGUUUACAUGUUCAGGAAUGAGAAACUGUGUUACAUAAGUACAUUCGGUGCUUUUUCAUGGUUGUUCACUCUUGUAAGUUGCCAAGCAGAUUUGUUAUGAAACUAUGAACCUUUUUUUAGGUCUGUUUUAGCUAAGAAUUGCAAUGAAUGGAAAUGCAUGAGCAGUUCUGAAAGAAAACCAGGAUUCUAUUUAAACAGCAUUGAGCCCAAAUAUAAGAAUUAUGCCUCAGUUUUGCUCUACACUAGUCGUAUAGUUUUGUGCUUAAUCAUCAAUUGAGCAAUGUAAGGCCUCUUUGUCACUGGUGAAUGUGAUCCGGGUUGUUCCCCACUCGACGAUGAAGCUUAUCCCCCAUCGUCUAACUGGCUGACCUUGCAGUCUUAGACAAUCUAGAGCAACACAGCAGUAGAUCAUCGAUAGGCCAAAAUCCGAGUGCGCUUCAGGAUUGGUACGACUGUCGCGACAUGUUGCUGCAAUUGACCCAACGAGCCUUGAUUCAUGACCAGGAAUCCUCCAUUGAGCUACUGGAUGGAUCUCUGAAGCUCAAAAUUAUGCAGUAGGGUCAAGGAUGGAUUGUCGCAGAUGAAGGACAUACGUUGCUGAGCUUCAAGCCACUCUUGAAAGAAGAAAAGGUGCAUUUUUGGAAACAGAAACCAGAAGGUAACUGAAUUCAAGGAAGCUUGUGAAGAAAGCAAUCCAGAGGUCUAGAAGGGCAGUAUUGAAAGCAGAAAACUCUCUACCUCACAUCGAAUGAUCCAGACAUCGUCACGAUGUUGAGAGAAGCUGAAUCCGUCGGUGUUGAAGCGUUGCAAUCCCUGUUGGCAUUCAUUUCUGGAUCAAGCACUGCUGCCAGAAAAGGGCUGCAGCAGUAUCUGAAGCUGAAUUUGGUUGUGCCUCCUUGAAGAUUAGUGAGGAGUUCGAGGUUCAUUUGAAGUAGCAGCCAUGCAUUGAAUAUCUUCAGGAAGGUAUUGAAUCCUUGUUUAGACAGAUGAUACUAAUGAGAGCUGCAAUUCUGAACCUUUACAGUAUGCCAAGAAAACAAUACUUCUAGAUCACUAUAGACAUCCAAACACUCAUCUGUACUCCUGUACCCAGUAGCCAGUACAUAAAUUACAUAAAGAAAAUUUACAUCCCUGCCUUGUGUUAACUCAGUUUAUUGCUUUCCUCCCAAGACUUCAGAUCUCCAUCGCACCUGUGAAAGCAACUUCACUUUCUAUAUAGCAGCUCUCUUACAGCCUAAUGAACCCCACAAUUGCAGAGGAAGCUAAGCUAAUCUCAUAUGGAUCCUGUCUCCCAAUUGUUUUCCCUGUAUUAUAAUCAAAACUACACGUUCAUUUGGGUUUGUUAAACCCCUCGUGCGGUGUAAUAUAAUAAUGGAUCUGCAAUCCACAACAGUAAUUUAUGAUGAGAUUCUUUCUGCCUCCCCCCCCGUCUUCUCCAUAAUAAAACUACUACAGUCUG